UCCACAUGACGAGAUGGCACGACGUGAUAAAACAGAAGAACAUAAAAGCUCGUAAACUCGCGAGAGAUCGCAAACUAGCCGUGCACGUCCGAUAAGAUAAGAAAAGCCCAUGUAACGUGAAAAAGGAAUCGUCUAAAAAAAAGUAUCUCAGUACUCGGGGCAUAACGAUGAACGUGAACUGGACAUUCGUAGCUCUGGAGGGAUCGGGAUGGUUUUAAUUAUCGAGAUUCGAGGAAUUAAUGGGGCUCGAUAAGUGCGAAGAGAUUUCCAAGAUGGCGGAGGGUGAGCUCGGGGGCGUAGGAGAGACGCGCGCUUGAAUUUCCGAACUGCGAGCUUAAUCGAGAAGAGCCACAGCCUGGCCUUUGGGAUGCUAUAGUGGGUUAAGCCAGGAUGGACACGUGUUCGCUUAUCAUGGAGAUGACAGUUGGUUCUCAACAUCGCUCCCAUGCCGGACGAUACAUAUGAAGAUCUGUAUUACGUUUCUACAUGGACGAGUAGACAGCUUUCGCAGCAUGCCAGCCUAGAGCGACACCCUGAAGCCGAGACUGCACCGACGUCUUCGGACGUUUUUCCGGAAAUUAAGACCAGCCAGAAUGAGGAAGAGACUAGCGAUAGUCUGCGCCGGAGCGAUGCUGCUGUUGGUGAUCUUGUCGUAUAGCGAUAACGAAUUCAUCCUCAAAAUGGCGCCGUUUCUGGGGAUAUACGCCGAGGGCGAUAUCUCCUGUUACGACGCAAAACCGACGGACGGGGAGUUGCACGAUUUCCACGCGGAGAAUGGGCCGAAGAGCCCGAUUCCUGGGAGGAACAUCUUCUUUCACGAGACCUCGUGCUUCGGCGAGGACGGCGCCAUCCUGAAUCCUCGACAAGCCUGUGCGGUAGAAUCGGCCGCCAGGAUGAACCCCUCGAUGAUGGUCUUCCUUUUUUACAUAAACCCCCUCAAGUUCUCGAAUUCUUCCGCCGAGCUGGUGAGACAGCUCUUGAGCUACAAGAACGUGAGGAUUAGACGCAUCUCGGUGGAGGAAUACGUGAAGAACACGCCUUUAGAGAAGUGGUACGCCAGCGGCGCCCUGAAGCGCAGCAGGUGGCCGAGAAGUCACAUGUCCGACAUCUUGAGGUACCUCACUCUCUUCAAGUAUGGUGGCAUCUAUCUCGACCUGGACGUAGUCGUCACCACGUCCUUGGAGAGGCUCGAGAAUUUCGCAGGUGCGGAAAGCUGGGAAUACGUGGCCGCAGGGGUGAUGAGCUUCGGAGCGAAGGGCUUAGGUCGAAAGAUGGCUGCCGAUUGUCUUCAGGACCUCAAACAGAAUUUCAGAGGCGACGUCUGGGGCAACAAUGGGCCGGGCGUUAUCACUAGGACCUUGCAAAAGAUCUGCGCCACGACAUACGCCCGCGACAUGACAGCCUCCAGGUGCAACGGCUUCACCGUGUAUCCGCCCUCGGCCUUCUACCCGAUACACUUCAGAAAGUGGAAAAAGUACUUCGACACCGUGAACGUCAACGAGACGAUGAAAGCCCUUAACGGCGCAAUGGCGAUCCACGUGUGGAACAAAUUGAGCAAGUCCGAGACCAUCCGCGUGGGCAGCAACGCCCCAUACGCUCUGGUGGCCCAAAAGCAUUGUCCAAAAGUCUACGAAAACUGCGGGGAGAUUUUCUAAAGGGAGAUUGUCCCCCAAAAAUUCCAAAAGAACUCUUAACUCGACAUCGUUCGCGUUCCCUGUUGGAUAGACAUGCCGAGGACUAAGUAACUCCAGAGAAGAGAUAUUUUCGAAUCACCGACCUUCGCUUUAUACCGAAUUUAACAAAAGUAUAGUAUAUGUAUAUUAAAUGUAUAACGCUAAGUUCACCGGAACUCAGGAUUUCUGAAUGAUAAUCAAGGAUACGUGCCCAUAGAAUAUCAAGUCGUACCGUUCGACUUUGUUAGCCUAAAGUCCGAUAAAGCAUUGGCGAGAAUUCUUGAUAUCUUGAAAGUCGUUCUCGUCCGAUAAGAGAGGAUAAUGUAACAAAUUAUUGUCUCUGUGUCCCGAGGAAUGUACUUAGUCAGAACUUGAAGAUGUAGUCCCGGACAAUAAUUGUUGAGCCGCUAUGAUCGAUAAGGAUAUUUGUCAAUGUGUAAAGAUUGAGAGUGAGAGAAAUAUUGUGCGCACAUUGCGAGUGACGGUUCAUUAAUUCAUUAACUCGUUAAUUCCCAAGUGUUGAAAAAAAAAAAAAAAAGUAACAACGAACGUGUAACAGACCGCUCGUUCUCGAGUACUUUGAUGUGACGUGCUGAUACAGAUCUCGAUGGUCCGUGAAAUAUUUAUAAUAUUUAUCGAAAGUUGUUAAUUUCGACGCGAUCGCGGGGUACUUGGUGUACUUUUUCUUUCUUACUCAUCUCGCGCGUGAAAGAGUAUCGCGAUACUGCCAUUUAAAGUUGUAACGCGAGUAUAAUUGCCAGAUUCGUUGGAAAUGCCCAAUUCUCAUUUUUAUAUUCCACCGAUAGCUAUUAAGUGAUACUCAACGAGAUAAAUGUGUUCGAUUAAUUUCCAACGAUUUUUAAUCUACGAAUCUGGCAAUUAUAGACCCGACUCUGUUUUACAGUACAAAGCACAUGCUCGUGAUGCACAUACACGAUGAAGAGUUUGCUUUAUUUUUCUAUGACUUCGCCGAAUAAUUGUAGUACUUUAUUAUUACUUAGAGUACAUUCCUAGAUCUAUCGGUUUCGAUUAUUUCAUCGAACUCCGCGUCUUUCUUUUGUGAUUUAACCCGAUAAAGGCAGGGUAUAGGUGGAAUGCUUUUAAGUUCCUGAAAAUAGAGAGACAUUCCUCGCUUGUACGGUACUCUUAAACGAUUUUCGAAUACUCGAAGAUUUUCAUAAAUAAAGGACAAAGCUGUAUUCAGUUA